AUGUCUCAGUCGCAUAAGCUCAGCUUCGACACCUCGGCCCCUGCGAUCGAGUCGCCCUCAAAUCAUCAAUCUGCCGACGCACAUCUCGCGGAUUUGCUACGCGCGGUUCAAUCGCAGGAUACAACCCAAAUCGUGAAGAGUGUCAAAGGCCUAGCACGUCACCCACGGGCCAUUGAGGCGGCAGACGCGUUGCAAAGGCUAUCGCCGACUACAUUUUCGGAAAUCGUGCGCUCCCUAGACCCCUCUCGCGUCGGCCCUCGCAGCAAUGCGACUCACGGUCUGCGUAUCGAGAAUGGACUUGGCCAGUACAGCUCUCUUGCCUCUGUCGCCGAUCGGUUUGGUAUUCCCAAAAUCUACAAAAGCACCUUUCAGUCAUUGCGUACGCUAUUCGGUCUACGAUCCUACCACGGCAACGAGCCUUCUCGACUCGACUAUGUCGUUCUCUUAAGAUGCGCCGGUGCCGCAUCCGAUGUCCAGGCUGCCAAGGAAAUUUGGGAUGUGACGAAGGGGGAGGAAGAUAGCCACCAUAGGAAUGGCCAGGACUAUACCGAAUACUUCAAGGCUCGAUUUCUCACAGACCCAGCCUACUCGCACAACGAUAAGGCUAGGCUGCGAGUGCGACCCCGUGAUUUACAUGGCCGUAGGAAGAACAUCAAAGACACCCGGAUCUUGUGGCCCCUCGAGAGACUGAGGCUUAGCCUUGUUGCCAACAGGAGGUUCACCUACGGCCGUGCUAGUUGGGAACCGACUCACGACUUACAUCGCCUCCUUAGCUUGCCCGCCCCUGUCGGACGACUGAAUGCAUUCAUCCGCAAAAAGCACAAAGUGGUGGACGAAGAGUUCUACUGCGCGUACCUAGUAGCCUGCGCACGCGCUGGCUCAGUCAGGGAGAUGACUCGGAUUCUUUAUAAAGUAUGGGGCAUCCUCAUCACCGACAGAGAUCAUCGAGCAGCAACAAUCGUCAGGGCCGACAGAGCGGACAGCAUUAGGCGAACACCGAAGCCAACACAGCCUUUGAUCAACGCCAUCGUGCAGUCUUUCGGUUGCACUGGUCAUGUCAUUCUAGCCAAAAAGCUGAUCGAGUAUAUCUCUGCAGAAUGGGGCAUCUCCAUACCGCCAGAUACCUGGUCAUCGCUCCUGGAGUGGACCUAUUUAAUAUCUUCCAGGCCGGUCACCCAAGAGUAUAAGACUAUUGGCGACAAGAACAGGAUCGUUCGGUCCAACGACGUGUUAGCUGUAUGGGAUGCCAUGACGGCCAAUCCCCGCCUGGGAAAGCCUGGCUUCCGUGACCUUGACAUUUACACUAGGUCGCUGGUUGCUUCUGGUAAGCUGGAUGAGGCUUGGGACUCCAUCAGAGGUACUUGCGCCGAGUACGACUCACUAUGCAAGGAUGUCGAGGCAGCUCUGUUUGAAACCCUUUUUCCGUCGCCGCCGCCAGCUUCUAUUUCUCGUCACUGUCGACUAAAAGCACAGCAACAAAUGUCAUGGUACUCCAUCCAACGCUCGUGCCAGCAAUGGCUGCGAGAGGCCAGCGUACGCUUACGCCGCGAACCCGCGCUGGGAUCCCAGAUCAUUCCUGACUUUGUCAAUGAUUUUCGCCGUUUCCUCCCUGAUCCAAUAACGUACUCGACGUAUGGAGGGACUGUCAGGAUCCUGAACCAAGACAUCGUCGCCCCCAAAACCAAAUGGGUGAAGCAGAUUGUCCGCUCCGAGCCAACCCGAAGACUUGCUCCCGAUCCAAGCCGGCCAAAGGUUUCUAAACCAGAUGGCGCUGGGGAGGAUGUGGAAGCUGUACCCAUUGUCACCGAGGCGGGCGACACAGUGUAUGAGAGCAUGGCGAUCACCCUCAGACGAUCAACCCGAAGAAUGGUCCGCCAACGAAGGGAUGUCAGGUUUGGAAAGCAAGAGAAUCGUCUACGAUUUGAGCUUAGCAAGGCGGCCAGCCAGGGGGCUGUGAAUGGAGGAGAGGCGAUCAGCACGGUUGAGGCUCUGAAUUCGCAACGGGUACCACAGACCGGUCCCCUGUUUCGAAAGGAGGUCUUGAAGGCCUUGGUGUGGUAG